GUGUUGUCAGAGGAAAAUGGUUGUUGAGUGAAAACACUCUGACAAAUUGUUAUGAUUCACCACUUCAGCACUGGAGAAUACAAAAGACAGUAAACAUCCAGAGGGACAUCGGGCCAUAUUUCAAGGUCCCGCAACUGGCAUGAGUUUAGGAUCCCUGAGUGGAAAAAGAGGGGGGAAUGAACAACACGCCGCCUGGAUUACGGUUGCUCAGGCCUCCUACGGUGAUAGGCCAGUUCCACACCUUGUUCUUCGGCUCGGUGCGGAUGUUCUUCCUGGGCGUUCUUGGCUUCGCCGUCUAUGGGAAUGAGGCUCUGCACUUCAGCUGCGAUCCGGACCGACGAGAACUCAACUUGUACUGUUACAACCAGUUCAGACCGAUAACACCUCAGGUGUUUUGGGCGUUACAGCUGGUAACAGUGCUAGUUCCUGGGGCGGUGUUCCACCUCUACGCAGCCUGCAAGAACAUUGACCAGGAGGAGAUCCUCGAGCGACCCAUCUACACCGUCUUCUACAUCAUUUCUGUUCUUCUACGCAUCAUUCUUGAAGUCAUCGCCUUCUGGCUACAGAGUCACCUCUUCGGCUUCCAGGUCCACCCGCUGUACAUGUGUGAUGCCAGUGCUUUGGAAAAGACCUUUAAUGUGACCAAGUGCAUGGUGCCUGAACACUUCGAGAAAACAAUCUUCCUCAGUGCCAUGUACACCUUCACUGUCAUCACCAUACUUCUCUGUGUUGCUGAGAUAUUUGAGAUACUCUGCAGACGGCUCGGUUAUCUCAACAACCAGUGACGCAUACACACAAGCACACGUAAGAUGACUAAGGGUGAAAAUAUAUGACACUUUCUGCCGGUUUUUAUUGGGCUCUUGGUUAGCUGCUGCUGGACUUCUAUCGAACAGGAAGCUAACGUGAGAGCAAAACCUCACCUGUGGUCCAUCGUGAGUCAGUUGCACCAAGAGAUUUGAGAAUGUGCGACGUCAUAACAGGCAAGUCUGAAAUAUUCUCUGGGAGUUUUUUGCCCUUAACUAUAGAGUACAUCCCUAGUUGUAUUUCAGAUAUCAGUGGGUCUGUACUGGCUGUGUCCAAGGGUGUUGUGAGGACGUGGUGGCCAGAGAAUACGUACCUCUGACUCUGAACCGUUGGGGGAUGGGAUAGAAAGAUAUUUGGUUCUCUUUUUUUCCACAAGAUGACUGAAAGGCAGGCAUCAACUUCAGGGUGCUACUAGAACUUGUGGCCAUGGUCACAGUAGAGCACAAGAUAAGCUUAGUUUGUCACAAACAGUUUGAGGGUCCCUAAAAAACCCUGUUGUACCCAGUCUUACCUCAGAUCUGACACUAUUACGUAAGAAACACACUGGAAGCCUUAGCUGUGCAGAUUUUUUGCCUGGCGUGCAUUAAAUGUUCCAGUUCAUCGAACAAAUCUGAUGAAUCUUCUCUGGACUGACUGACAGAGUUCUAACAGUGGAACUAAUCAGCUCGAUUCAAGGCACAGCGUCUUCAUGUAGUGUAAUAACAGCCAACAAUGCAAAUCAUUUAGCUAGUCACAUAAUUCUGUUGCACAGUCCAGAUAAACACAACAGUCUAGACUGCCUUCAUGGUGCUGAUCAAAUAUGACAGGCAGACUACAGAGCUGGCCAUGGAUUAUCACUUCUGUCAUUUUUAAGAAAACUGUGAUCCAGUAACUUUCCCCAUGGGCGAGUGACGUGCAGGUGCCUCUGCUCCUGACACUCCCAUGUGUGACAGUUAUCGCUUCCAGUACUCGUCUGUUUUUUCACCUCCGGCAACAAUCUGACCUUCUAUCAACACGAGCGCUGCGACUUUGUUGUGGACUUUUGAUGAGGCCGUUCGACUUAUCAGAUAUCUGUUUCAGCUUAGUGAGUCUCCGAUAACUUGAUUUGUCGAAGGGAGAAAAUCUGUCUCGCAGCCAGAAAUCCUAAAACAAAUGUUUCAGUUUACUUCCAUCUGGUGCAAAUGCAUCUUCAAACAACAAUGUACUCAAAUAUACCAUCACUUAAUAUGUUUUUUCUCCUCGAUGGUAAAGAGCAAUCCUAAGAUACA